GUGAAUGCAGCGCUUCUCAUGGACCAGGCAUCCCUUCCGGUAGGUGAGGUCAACUUUUCCCUGGAUCCGCCAUUUCAGUCCCGGAGUUUCUUGUUGCACAUUAGUUGUGAACAUUUAGGUGAUAUUAACAUUUAAGCAGCAAAGACUUUGACUUUAUGGUCCAACGUUAAGUCUGUCAUCUGAAACUCCUUGACGUCGCUUAUGAAAGUCGCUCGAGUUUUGGCGGUAACGCGGUUUUUCCAGCGGCGGUGUUAGCCAACCAAACUUUUGUAUGAGUUGCGGAUAGGGAGAGGCGAAGGGGAAAGGCCUCAAGCCUCGGGCGGAGUUUCACAGCCAUGGCCGGUAACUUUGAUGCCGAAGACCGUGGGAGCUGGUACUGGGGAAGGCUGAGUCGCCAGGAAGCCGUUUCCCUCCUACAGGGACAGCGACACGGCGUUUUUCUGGUGAGGUGCUCCAUCAACUGCCCCGGUGACUACGUGCUGUCGGUCUCGGAGAACUCCAAAGUGUCCCAUUAUAUCAUCAACAGCAUCGCGAACAACCGCCAGUCGGGCUCAGGUGUGGCUCCGCCUCGUUUUCGGAUUGGGGAUCAGGAGUUCGAGGCGCUCCCAGCGCUGCUGGAGUUUUAUAAGAUCCACUACCUAGACACCACGACACUUAUAGAGCCUGUAGCCAAAGCAAGGAACACGGGGUUCACCAGCCCCUCCUCUGUACCACAGCAGUCUGAGGAAGCUGAGUUUGUCAGGGCACUGUUUGACUUCCCUGGCAAUGAUGAGGAGGACCUGCCUUUCCGCAAAGGUGACAUUCUGCGUGUGCUGGAAAAGCCGGAGGAGCAAUGGUGGAAUGCUUCUAACCAGGAGGGCCAAUCCGGAAUGAUCCCUGUUCCCUAUGUGGAAAAGUACCGGCCCGCCUCACCAACUGCUGCCGGCCUGGGUUCCCCUGCUGUGGGGACUGGACAAGGGGGUCUUGUCGGGGGGGUAGCGAGUACCACCGACGGAGCAGGGCCUCCGCUGUCAAAUCCUUUGGGCGACCCAGGCCAGUAUGCUCAACCUGUAGUCAACACGCAGCUUCCCAACUUACAGAAUGGGCCUGUGUAUGCCAGAGUAAUUCAGAGGAGGGUGCCCAAUGCCUACGACAAGACGGCGCUUGCUCUGGAGGUGGGAGAUAUGGUAAUGGUGACAAAGAUCAACGUAAAUGGCCAGUGGGAGGGUGAAUGCAAGGGCAAACGAGGCCACUUUCCCUUCACUCAUGUCCGGCUGUUGGAACAAAACCAAGUUGAGGACGAGAGCUGAGAAAGACAUGCACUCAUCGCUUCUGCAGUGUCCAGCACAUCCCUUCUACUCUGUCCAUUUUUACAUGCUCGAAAAGAAAAGCACAUGGCAUCUCAUGCUAGAGCCAAACCAAUCGGACUCUACUGACCCUGCCGACCUGCGAUGUGUUGGGUAAACUCGUCUGCUGUCAUGUUGAUGGACAUGGGUCAUCGCAAGAAUUUACACUGAUAAAUCUAAUCUGCCCAUGUUACCUUUUUUAUUUUAUCUUUUUUAAUGUCUGUCUUCUUGAAUGAACCAAACUACUUUCAGCACAGUUUAGCAGACAUUGCCGCUGUAUUUUUAUCUUUUCCAUAAUUGUGGAGAAGAUGCUACUGUUGUAAAGUGAAAAUAGAAACAUUCCCCUAUGUUUUUUUUAGAUUAGGGUAUUUGUGGUUUAUUUGACAAACACACUGUCCAACUGUAUAUCUGUAGCGUCUUAAAGGGCUGUUGUUGGUUACUAGUUUCAGUUGUAUUUUGCAAAGCCGGUAACCGAUCAAGUCUUAGUUUACGCACCUCCAAGCCAGUAUUGAGUGUGCACCACACACAUAUGCAACAGUCUGCUUGUUCUUAUCCCCUUGCCAUAUUCCCAUCCACAACAUUGCAUCCAUACGGAAGGGAAAUAACUGAUUGCACACAGGAGACACAACAUUCAGCUUCUCUGUCACAAUUCUUAAUCCGUAAGCUUUUCUAGCGUAAGACUGUGAACCUCAGUGAAACAAGCUUUUCCUGAUGACAGAGGGCAGUCCUUACAAAACGACUUGUAUAUUAUCCACACUACAAGCCCUUUCUUUUUGUAAUUACAUGGAAAAUACUAUGAUAUAAUUGACUAUAUACACUCAAACCGUACAUGCUAAAUCUUGUAAACCCUUUUUUUAUAUUUCAUAUUUUACUUUUUCACCAUUAUUUUUUAUGUUCCUCUUUAAAAACAUUGUUUGCUGCCAAAAUGAAUGAUUUCAAAUGCAAUUGUGUGAAAACAAAAUAAGCAACCUCUCAAGGAGGGAGAAAAAAAUCUAAGCUGUUUUGGAAAAUAAGAUGGCUGUGGGAUUUUGUCUUCUAGCAGAGAUUUAUCAUAUUGUCAUUUAGAGAUAUUUUUUAAGAAAUGGAGCACUAAUAUUGUAUUUUAUGUAUGACUUGCAAAAUGGGUAAUUUAUAUUCUUCUGCCGUAAGAUGCAAUGACCCUUGGGUAGGGUGGGUUUGGUUAGCUUCUUUAUGAACAAAUGAGCCAUAGAACAUUGUCAAUGUGGACAUUAACCAUAAAAUAGUUAUGAAAUGUCCAACAUUCUCAGAAUCAGACACAUUGUACUAUGGACAUCAUAUUUAAUACUUUAGUUUGUAAGCAAGGUGACAUAGUUUAAUAUUAUUGAUCGAUUGUUGUCUUUUCACUUCAGUGAAUUUUACUUUCUUACUUUAAUUCUGGCAGUGCAAAGCUACAGCAGGAAAAUGGAGAUGGACAAACCACAACUGGACAUGAAAGUUGUCUUUUGUCCUUCACUGGGGAGGAUCUGCCAAGUUACAUCCUCUCUAUCUUGUGUUAUUUUGGAAGACACAAGUAAAAUAGGAACCUACUUGUUUGAAGCUUCAGGCUCAUUCGGUCCGUGUUGUUUUUCAUAUGCAAUAAUUCAUAACAUGCAGCCAAAUGGUUUCACUGGCCAUUUUAUUUAUGUACAUGUGUGCCUACCAAAUGCAAGUUCAGCAAAGUCUUGGAGUCAGAUGUGUAAAUGAAGCAUGUUCAAAAAUGCCUCACAGAUUACCAGUAAUACACCAGCGUGCAAACACAAUAAGAGUAAUUGGAAAAAUAAGCUAAAAGUGAAUGUAAUAAAAUUCUUUAAUGCUCAAGCCAAUUUAACUUUUUACUUAUGUUUUGUGAUGUAAAGACAAAACAGUGUUUAUAUUCUAAAUUGAUUUAAAUGCACAUUUAUUUUCUUGAAAUUUUGGUGUCUUCCAGGUGCUUUUAAUGACCCAGCUGUAUGUUGGAGUUGUUUGGGAGUGAGUCAAAGAACGUAGAUUAUUUUAUUGUUUUUUUCCCCAAAAAGGAUUUUUGAGCACAAAUACCCCAGGUGUUGAUUUACAACACCACACCAGUUACUGGUGCACCUGUUUUCUGAUGAUUUUCUGUUUUUUACCUAAAAAGAAAAUUUUUCUUUCACAUUAACAGAACUUGUGUAUGACCCCAGAUGUUACAGAUGUUUGCUAUUAACAGGAUGUUCUCUCCAUUUUUGCUCUAUUAUUGAGACUUAAAUUUACAAAAUUAUUUUUUUGAAUCCUACAUUACCAAGAUAUUUUAUUACUGCAAUAUGUUUAAGACUUUAUAGUCACACCUAGGCAUCAUGCACAACGGUGUAUAUUAAUAAUAAAUAUGUAAAACAGUUCAAAGUACCUAGCAAGCACAAUUUACAUUAGGGUAAAACUUAAGUUCUGCCAAAAUAUUGGAAUUUCCUAAUUAGUAAAUAUAAUAACAAAAUUGAAAAUCAGAUGUUUAAUGAUUUGAAAUCAAUAGACUAUUAAAAAGAUGUUCAAAGAAGAGAUGCCCGCUACAAGUUUGUACAUUCAUUCCUAUAUCCACAGUAUUAUUUGCAUUGUGUUUAGAUACAUGGCAUUGAACUAGUACUAAAAUAUUCCCAUUUUAGUUUUCUAUCACAGCUAAGACCAAUGAGUACAUAAAGAACUAAAUGUUUUACAAGACACCACUGAUUAGACUACAUGUGCACCUUAUUACUUUACAGCUCAAGAUAAAAGUCAUAACUCAUCGUGUUAUUUUGUUAGUGAUUAUACAUUUUUGCUUUCAGACUUUGAAGAGGACAGAAACAAACAAAACUAUUUUUUUAAGAAACUACAAUGUGUCAAAGUCUUAUGAAAUGUAUUGUUUUAUUUUCUGAAGCAUGUAAUGUGUUAAAAUACUUAGUCAAUAAAAAAUAUACCAAGGUGUGUGUAUUGAAUUCUCA